AUGCGGUUGGAGGUGCACGUAGUGAGGAUGCACCGGGAAUUCCGGGAAGACGCGGCGAGAAGAAGCCCGCUGGCCCUCCGUCCUCCGGAGCUGUCCUUGAAGAUCAGCUCCUGGGAGGAAGUCAGCGCUGCCGCGGCGGCCCGGCCUCACUCUCUCGGCCUCGCUGUCCGGGCCUCAGCUUACCCAGCCGGUCCCCGAGCCUCCCCGCCGAGCCCAGCCGUGCCGCGGCGCCCGCCCCGGUGCCCGGCCGCCCUGCUGUGGGGCUUCCUGCCCGUUGCUGCUCAGGAAGCAGUUCUGCGUGCAUCUGGAAGCGGCACCCCUUUACCCUCCAAGGACUACUGCAUGCUAUAUCAUCCUCUUUGGACAGUGCUUCCAACUACCCUAGAAAAUGCAACUUCCAGAAGUCUGAUGGAUCUUACUGGCACACCACUAUGCAAGCUUUCUGAUCUUCCUCUCCAUGGCAUGAACAAUAAAGCAGUUGUGGUACAGUGGGGACCCUGCCAUUUUCUGGAAAAAGCCAGAAUUGCACAGAAAGGGGGUGCUGAUGCAUUGUUGGUUGCCAAUAACAGUGUUCUCUUUCGUCCCUCAGGGAAUAGAUCUGAAUUUCAAGAUGUGAAAAUACCAAUUGCAUUUAUAAGCCAAAAAGACUUUAAAGACAUGAAACAGACUUUUGGAAGUAACAUUACUGUAAAAAUGUACUUACCACCACAGCCUGACUUUGACUAUACAAUGGUGGUUAUUUUUGUAAUUUCUGUGUUCACUGAGGCAUUAGGAGGAUACUGGAGUGGACUUAUUGAAUUAGAAAACUUAAAGACAAUAACAAGCACCGAGGAAAGAGAAAUGAGGAAAAAGAAGGAAGAAUAUGUAACUUUCAGUCCUCUUACAGUUGUAGUAUUUGUGGUCAUCUGCUGUGUUAUGAUGGUCUUACUGUAUUUCUUCUAUAAGUGGUUGGUUUAUGUUAUAAUAGCAAUAUUCUGCAUAGCAUCAGCAAUGAGUCUGUACAACUGUCUUGCUGCACUAAUUCAUAAGAUACCAUGUGGACAAUGCACGAUUACGUGUCGUGGCAAAAGCAUUGAAGUGAGACUUAUUUUUCUCUCUGGACUAUGCAUAGCUGUAGCUGUUGUUUGGGCUGUGUUUAGAAAUGAGGAUAGGUGGGCUUGGAUAUUACAGGAUAUCUUGGGCAUUGCUUUCUGCCUCAAUUUAAUUAAAACACUGAAGUUACCCAACUUCAAGUCAUGUGUGAUACUUCUAGGCCUUCUCCUCCUCUAUGAUGUUUUUUUUGUUUUCAUAACACCAUUCAUCACAAAGAAUGGUGAGAGUAUUAUGGUUGAACUUGCAGCUGGACCUUUUGGAAACACAGAAAAGUUACCAGUAGUUAUCAGGGUACCAAAGCUGAUCUAUUUCUCAGUAAUGAAUGUGUGCCUCUUGCCUGUUUCAUUAUUGGGUUUUGGAGACAUUAUUGUACCUGGUCUGUUGGUUGCACACUGCAGAAGAUUUGAUGUUCAGACUGGUUCUUCUGUAUACUAUAUUUCAUGCACAGUUGCCUAUGCCAUUGGCAUGAUACUUACGUUUGUUGUUCUGGUGCUGAUGAACAGGGGGCGGCCUGCCCUCCUCUACUUGGUACCUUGCACACUCAUUACUGCCUCCAUUGUUGCUUGGAGACGUAAGGAAAUGAAAAAGUUCUGGAAAGGUAGCAACUAUCAGGUAAUGGCCCAUCGGGACUCUUCAACAAAUGAAGAAAACCCAGUGACCACUGAUGAACAGAUUGUCCAACAGUAAUAUUACAUGGACAUGCAAUAAUGUGUUAUUGAUUUUCUACCAAUAGAGUUUGACUUUUUAAAUCAAUUUUUGAAUUGACAAUCUGAAAGCAUUUUCAGUGACGUUUGCAAAUAUAUAUUUUUAUGAGUUGGUACUGAAAAUUACAUCAUAAAGGAUGAAAAUGCAUUUGCUUUUAAUUAUGUCAAAAUUGUGCCUUCACAUUAAAUAAAAGCAUAUGGUCUGUGUGCUUUCCAAGACCCAUUAUAUAAGUAUAUUUUUCUAAAAAACAAUGCCUUGCCCUACUCCAUCCUUUCCAUACUGUACUAUGUUUCUUUCAACUCUAAUGAUGGAUCACAGUAUGAUGGCAAAGUGAGCAGAUGAACAAAUGUUUUAUUAAGGGAUUAUGUAGAUUUUGUCUUCUCUAUAGAAAUAACUAGUUAAGACCAUGCAUAAAGGCCAUUCAGCUGUGAAAAUCUGGUCCUCAUAUCCUGAAAAGGUUAGAAAUAUAUAAUUCAAGAAUAAAUAUAAACACAA